AAACUUGAGUAAGUCAUUAUUUUAGAUAACAGAAAUAAAAUGAAAAUUCUACCUAAGAGAUCGGCCACAUCGGACACAGUUACAUGUUUGUUUCCUGUCUACCUGUUGACUACCACGAUAGCGUAUGUCCGCAUGCAUAGUGCUUGUGAUGGCUCAUUUAUAUAUAAGGAAAUGUCUGUCUCAUUUAUCACAAGUGCUGAAAUAAUUCACGAUAAAAGUAAAAUGUGUUUAUAAUAUAGCUUUCUAAGGUAAGGUUGAUUGUUAUCAUUCGAAUUAGUAAUAAGUUUUCGUUAGUCGGAUAUACAGUCUCGCAAUAGUCAAAAGGUUUCCUAAAAAAUAUGUUAAAUUAAUGUUUGAGAGGAUUAUUAUAUUUUAUUAUUUAAAACAUAUUUUGUUCUAUACACUUAAAAGUAUUUCUUGUUGAAGUAUAAAACAUAUAAAAUAUCAAUUACUGUACUUUGAAAUAUUCUAAAGUCAAAUUAAAAUAUACUUAUAAUCAUGAGGUCAGUCCUAUCUUAUAUUAUUUCAUUUUCCCUCGAAACAUUUGCUAGUUAUGUUUACCAAUGAAAUAACUAUAAUUUUAAUGUGGGUGAUUUAGUAAAAACUAUCUCGCACACUUUUAAUUGUAUUCUAAGUUGACAAAUAUUAAGUCCUAACCGAUAAGAGCGAGAUGGUCAAGUCAUAGAAUAAAAUAUACAGUACUUAUAUUCAUCGAACAAAACAUUGAAUGCUAUCUUUGCUUUACAGAGGGUUCCGUCCAUCAGCAAGUUCAGUUUUCCGCCCUAAAGACAAUGCCAGCUUUAAAGUAAGAAAUCGAUAAACGUUAAUAAUUAUUAGUUAAUUACUUACAUGUAUCAACAAAACUUCUUUAUUGUAAGGUAACAAUAUAAUAAAAAAUAUUUGAGCUAUACAUAAUAGCACUCUUGUAAAUAUCCUCAAUAGCUCAAGGUCACGUGGCGUGGACGGUUUAUCAGUAACUCGUAUUUCGCACUUUUGUUAGUAAAUCGAGUUGAUGUUCAUUUUCAUUUACUUACUAGACGUUAACAACAGCCCCGUCCGAAUAUCAUUUCAUUCCAGAGAAAACGAGUUGAGAUCGAAAUCAAACUUAUUAAUAGAAUCUCAAGGACUAGGUUUUCAAAAUCGAAGACUAAACUAAACGGAUUGUUGCGUUUGUUUCUUGAGUAUUUUAGUAAAUUGUAUUAGAUUUCAAACUCCCAGUCCUUCCUAUUGUCCAUUAAGUAACAGCAAGUAAAAUAUUUAGUUUAUUAACCUAUAGAUAGAAUGUGUCAUAAAAAUUGGAAACAUUCGUACUGUUAAUAUUAUGUUACAACAAUAAUUAGACAAUAUAUUGUAUCUAUGACCUCUUAGUAUUUCAAUUUCACCGAGCUACGCGAUAAUCGUACCCUCUGAAACAAUACCUUUAUCAUAUAAACCUAUGCAUGAGUGUGUAAUCUCCGAAAAAUCUGUCUGUCAGAUGUCAUUUUUUGUAACCUGUCAACAACAAAGUUCUAGAGACCUUUACUACUAUCUUUUGCCCCUUUUACCUUUCCAGCUCUACCCUGAACCUACCCCUUUAUUUCUAAGAACAUUUUCCUUGCAGUUACAGAUACGACCUAAAUGUUUCUGUUCUUAUUAUUUGGGAAACAAUUUAACAAAUCGUUUAUAUAAUAGAUGUUGUAAAACUUUGAAUUACAUUCCGUUUGAUUACUUUUCAUGUUUAAGACUUUUUAUCGAAUAAAUGGCAACCAAGCUGAAUCUCAAUGAAUAGAACAAGACUUGCUAGACACGUAACUAAAGUAAUAUUGAAUAUUAAAAGAAAACGUGAAUUAACUGAGAAAAGCUCAACCAGUUUCAAGUCAAAAUGAGACUCAUUGAUAAGACAAGUCGAGUGAUCACGCGGCUGGGCCGGCAAACGCUUGGAAACAGAGCCUAAAAUCUACGUCAAUCCCCAAGUAUUCCCAACUUAGAGUGUGACACAAUAAGCGUGGCAUGUAACACUGAUUCGACUCAGGAAUUGAACCUAACCCCAUCGCCGCUGAACGAGCCGGUCAACAUCGUCACCAACGCUACCGCACCGUUGCAGUUGGAAGCAAGCGCACGCCUUUGACGGUAGCAGGCGCAAUUCCAGCUGCGUGAAAAAGAGCCCCGUCGUGACUUUAAACUGGAAGAAGUUCGUUUCUCAGUCGUUAUUGUCAUUAGUAUGUUUCAAGAUUAUUACUAAGUAGAGAUUUAAUAAAAACAUGAAUAUCAAACUUUGUUGAGUUUUUGACAGAUUACAAAAAAUCUAGAUGUAGAAGGUUUUAGUUUAUUCACCGUUAAUGUCCUAAUUCGUCAUCUCUUUAUGAAAAAGCUAUUGUUAAAUAGGUUUUUUUAAGAUGUUUGUUUACCGUCAGACAUAUGUUUUGUUACAAAUUACUAAGAAAAAAUAUAUAUAUUAUUACAAAAUAAGUAUUCUUGUAUUAGAGAUAAGUAUGUAUCUUAUAAUCUAAUAUGGCUUAUUUAUUGCUUCUUGAUAUUGCCACUAAAUACUAGAUAGCCUUGUAAAAAGGCAAGUUGAAUGUCCAUAAUUGCUGAAGUUAUAGAUGCGAUAAAAAAAA